AAAACAGAAUUUGGACCAUUUGGGUUUCUGUAUUUUGUAUUGUAUUCAUCUGGGUUUUGCUAGCAAUUUGCUUUUGAAAAAUGGAAGAUUAGCAUCGACCCAGUUUGUUUUUUGGUUGUAUUGCUCAUUUCUCCCCACCUGGGUUGUUUCCAAAAACAAAAUUUGGACCAUUUGGGUUUCCUUAUUUUGUUUUCUUUGCAUCUGGGUUUUUGCUGCAAUUCGCCUUUGGAAGCACAUAGGAUUAUCCUCUCUCCUUUUCCCAACGGUCAGGGGUGUCGGGACAUGCAUCUCGACUAAUUCCUUUCUCGGUCCGGUCAAAGGCAGGCCAUCCACGGCGGCGAAAGGAGAGGAUUCACAAGAAAUUUCCUUCUUACCUUCCUUCUCGCGGCCUGACCCCAAAAAUCGACCUCUGAUUAUUAAACACUGUGGAUUAUCAUCCACUCAAUUUGUCUCUCUUUGUUUUCCUCUUAUCUCCCACCUGGGAAUUAGAAGACAAUGGAACAGUCUGCGAAAUCCGUCGACGAGGUGGUGGAGGAGAUAAUGAGGAUCCACAGAUCUCUACCUCCUAGACCUGGAAUUGACGAGGUGGAGGCGGCGAAAACAUUGAUCCAGAAUCUUGAGAAGGAAGAUCAAGUGAGGCUCGAGGCGAUAACGAGGCAGAAGAAGAGGGCAGAGGUGCCAGAAGAGUUGUUCAUGGUGUUUUUAGAGAUGCAGAAGAACUUGGUAUAUUUCCAAAGCAAAGAACAGAAACAGGAGGCCCUCAAAUUGCUUGAUCUAGAGAACACCCACUCGUUAUUCGAUGAUUUGAUCCAGAGAGCCUCCAAUUGCCUCUCAUCGAAUUCUCACCAACCCAAUUACUCAUUUGCUUCCACGAAUUUGAGCAGUGUUGCAAAUUCGGCUUCAUUUUCCCGCAGUAGUUUGAAUUCAGAUUCGGUUGUUAAGGAUAGUACGAUGUCGUCCUCGAGCUUAUACUUUGACAAAAAGCCUGCUAAAUCAUCGGAGUUGUUCACCAGAGAUGAUACUUAUGUGAAGAAGGCAAAGGCAACGUUAUACGCGGAUGGAAUUGGAGGUGGGCUUCGAUCUGGGGAUGCAUUAAAGCCGCAGAUUUUGGAUACUUCGUUGAAAUCUCAAAGCCUGAAAUCAGGUCAAGAAGGUGAAAAACUGAGUCUAAUAAAGCUUGCCAGUUUGAUUGAAGCAUAUUCAAAGAAAGGCACUCGGGAGCUCAAUCUUCAGAGCAAAUUGAUGGACCAAGUUGAUUGGCUUCCUGAUUCAAUAGGGAAGCUAUCAAGUUUAAUCACCUUAGAUUUGUCCGAAAAUCACAUUAUGUCCUUGCCAGCCACAAUUGGAGGCCUCUCAUCAUUGACAAAAUUGGAUUUGCAUUCAAACAGAAUUAGUGACCUCGCAGAUUCCAUUGGAGAACUCCUUAGCCUGGUUUUUCUUGACCUCAGUGGAAACCAAUUAAAAUCUCUUCCUUCAACCUUUGGUAGAUUAGUCCGACUUGAGGAACUUGAUUUGAGCUCCAAUCAUCUCCCUGUCCUUCCCGAUUCCAUCGGAUCGCUCAUUACUCUAAAGAAACUGAACGUAGAGACAAAUGACAUUGAAGAAUUUCCUCAUACUAUUGGGAACUGUUCAUCACUCGUGGAGCUUCGUGCAGACUAUAACCGGCUUAAGGCCCUUCCGGAAGCUGUGGGACGAAUUUCAUCCCUUGAGAUUCUUUCUGUGCGUUAUAAUAACAUCAAACAGUUGCCUACCACAAUGUCAUCUCUUACCAAUUUGAAGGAACUUAAUGUUAGUUUCAAUGAGCUUGAGUCAGUGCCUGAGAGCUUAUGUUUCGCUACCACACUAGUCAAGAUCAACGUUAGCAACAAUUUUGCUGACCUACGGUCCCUACCAAGAUCCAUUGGGAACCUUGAAAUGCUUGAAGAGUUGGAUAUAAGUAAUAAUCAGAUAAGAUUUCUUCCUGACUCCUUCAGGAUGUUAUCGCGAUUACGUGUCUUAAAUGUGGAAGGUAAUCCAUUGGAAGCACCUCCAAGAAAAAUAGCUGAAAUGGGAGCACAGGCUGUCGUUCAGUAUCUGGCUGACCUAGUAGCAAAGAGAGAUGCCAAAACAGAAACAGUUAAGCAGAAAAAGAGUUGGGCUAGUAUAUGCUUUCUUCCGAACUCCAACAAACGGAAGCGCGUUGGCAAGGCCUAUGUGAAGACCUGAUUUACUGCACUUGGCAUGAAAUCCAUAACAUGAUGUAUCUGCCGGGAAAAGUUAGCUGCCAGUCGAAGGGAGAGGGCUGAGAAAUUGUUGGAACUUAUCCUUUACACUUAGAAGAUGGAUGGCUUAUAUGGUUCUGAUUCUGAUUUCUGACCCUUGCUGCUCAAGUUGUAUAUUUUCCUCCCUAAAUUCCAUCCAUGUUUUUCCUUUUUCAUUUGGCCUUCUAUUUCUUAUGUUCUUGUUCUAUGAUGAGAUGUAAAUUGACUCCAGCCGGCGAAAAAGGGGGAAGGAACAAUGUAUUCACUUCCCUCAACGUAAAAUCCAUAAACUGAGUGCUUUCCACAGCUUUCAAUAGAAGAAGUUUUUCCCUGGACAA